UUUUGGGGUUCCUUUAUUUUUCACCCAUGACUUCUACUGAGAUUGCAGUGUGCUCCUUUUUAUUCCUAUAUUUUGUAUAAAUGCGCAUGAUUCACUAUUAAUGAGAGGAUGUGUAUGGAUGGGUCUGGAUGCAUGGGUGUGUGUGUGUGUGUCUGUGUGUGUGGGUCUGUGUGUGUGUGUGUGUGUGUGUGUGUGUGUGUGUGUGUGUGUGUGUGUGUGUGUGUCUCUCUUGUUCUUCCCUCUACCCCCAGCGCCUUGCCAGGGUUGACAGAUGGUAUAAACUCCUCUCCAUCAAACCACGCAGACGAAAAGUUGCAGUUCACUCUUUAUGGUGAGGUGAAGUAGGGUAAAACUGAGGAAUGGAAGCACAGCAUUUCAGUAUGAGAAUAACAGAAUGCUGUAAAAUUAGCUUAGCUACUAAGAAUAUCCAUCCAUCUAAUUUGUUUACAAAGUUUCCUUAAUCUCAUUAUACAUCAAACCCCCUUAACAUAUCAAUACAGAUAACGUACCAACGAUGCUUACAAAGGCCAACUUGAAACCAGAGGAGACGCAAUUAUGAAGACGAGUAAGUGUGUUUCUAUGGGCCCGUUGGCUGUGUCACCGUCAGCAGUUACCAGGGACCGUCCUGCCGUCGCCUCUACCCACCACGGGACCACCACCCUCUCCGGCUACCCACCACGGGACCACCACCGUCACCGUCAGCAGGUCAGAGCCCCCUCACAGCUUCACCCUUUUCAAAUAGAUCUAUCUUUAUUGAAAUGUAUUCACCCUGGAGGCCUACCUACACCAAUCGCACCAACACCACACAGCCACACUACCACGCACACAACAGACGCACGCUACCUCCCACACCUACAUCCCGUUAUAGACCCCCCAGCCUUCAGUAUAGACCCCCACACACCCACCAUCACCACAAUAGACCCACACACACAUAUCAAACCACAGAACACGCCAGACCCACACCAACACACCCACACACACAACCAGUCAGACCACAAAGACCACCUCCACCAUCCACCCGUCCACUCCUCCCACCACCACCAACACACACCCGGUACAUUGCACCAGAUGGCCCAACCCGUGGAAAAGUCAAAGUAUAUUUUAAAAUACUCCAGGCCCUGCACCACAGGGACACAGCGGACAGAGCGGUGUCCUCCCGGGAACUCCCCAGGGGGAUGUUACGACAGGUCCUCAAAUGAUCACACUUCAUCAAACCCAUCACCCACAGACAUCACAUUACAAACAAAUCAUGACAACACCAACACCUGGAUGCACAAUGACAUGUUGAUCCUAAAAGAACACUACACACACACAAUAGACCAACUCACACAAACACCCCAGCCCACCAACACACUCUCACUUAAGAUCGCUACCAACUGGGCACACAAGAGAUUGGGCCACAGACUAUUACCCACCACCUUACACCAACUAGAACACACACUACUCCAUACACCGUCCGCCCCUCACUCACCACUCAUUACCAACCCACACCCCCUCAACCUACUCCCCCCCUCCCCCAUACCGACCAGUCCCCAUACCACCCCACCUCGAGCCUGGACCUUCCCCUCACCGACACCUCCACAGCCCACACUCAGCCACACAGAUCCCCCCCCCCCCAUCCCCCUCCCUCUGCCUCCCCAACCAGCACCCACACACACCCUAGAUCACUCUAUUCAGGCCCACGCCCCACACUGA